AUGAGCAACAACAUCACGAUCAAAGAGCACAAAUCUCUCAAUCACCAGGACCAUAUUUCAUUCAUUUUUGAUGGUCGUAAUGGUGAUCGUUGUGACUAUGAUUCAUGUGAACAUAAUCUUCGAAGAUUGGAAUUAUUAAUGAAAAAGAGAUUCUCCUUACAACAAGAAGGAAAAAAGAAAUGGCUGGAGAAUAGAGAAUUGAAAUAUGAAAAGUUCUUUCCUGUGGAAUUUAUGAAUGAUAAGGACUUUGUGUUGAAUCACAUCAAAAAGUAUGGUUAUGGAUUGAAAUUUGCAUCCAAACAAUUGCAAGAUGAUCGAGAGUUUGUGUUUAAAGUGAUACAAUUGGAGCCAACGGAAUUCCAAUUCGCAAGUCAAAACAUUCAACACGACAAAAAGGUAUACCAACUGAAUGGAUUGGCUCUACAAUACGCACCAAAGAUAAUCAAGAGAGACAGAAACAUUGUUUUAUCUGUUGUCAGGCAAAAUGGUGAAGCACUGCAAUGGGUCGACGACAAAUUGAAAUCAGAUAAGGAAAUCGUGAUGGAAGCUUUCAAACAAAAUAAGAAGGCUCUUCAUCUCGUAGCCGUUAGUCAUUUGCUCUACAUGAAAAACUCUUUGCUGUUAGAUCAAGAAUUCAUGUUGACAGUUGUCAAAGCAUCAUUUCCAGAAUUUUCUCAUUUAACUACUGUUGAUUAUUCAAAGAAAGCAAUCAUGAGGAAACUUGUUCAAGAAUAUGUAUGGUUGCUUAAAUUUGCAAGUGAUGGAAUUAAGAAUGAUCGAGACAUUGUUUUAAGUGCAAUCAAAAAUUAUAACGAAUUACGGGAUAAAGAGGUACCGUUCAAAUUUGCAUCUGCUCACUUGCAGAAUGAUCGAGAAAUUGCGUUACUGGCUGUUGAUCAAGAUGGCUCUGCUUUGAAAUAUGUCUCUGAAAAAUUGAGGAGAGACAAACAAGUUGUGCUAAAGGCUGUCAGUCAAAAUGGAUAUUAUUUUGAUUACGUACCUGAUGAAUUGAAGAAUGACAGGGACGUGGUAUUGGCAGCUGUCACACAAGAUGGUGAUGCUCUUCGAUUUGCAUCGGAUGAACUGAGGAACGACAGAGAAGUUGUAUUGACAUCUGUAAGACAAAAGGGAGACGCUCUUUGCUUUGCAUCGUAUGGAAUGAAAAACGAUAGAGAGGUUGUAUUGACAGCUGUACAAACUAAGGGCAAGGCUCUCCGUUAUGCAGGUGAAAUGAUGAAACGUGACAAAGAGAUUGUUUUACAAGCUAUCAAACAAUCACUUGAGCCAUUGGAAUAUGCAUCUCAAGAUCUUCUUAGUGACAAAGAAUUCAUGUUAGAAGUUGUGAAUCUUAAAUAUAUUCGAGAGGAUAAGGAACUCAUAAUGGAAGCUGUGAAGAAUAAUGGUUAUGCAUUCCAUUGUAUAUUGGCUGGAAAAUUGCAACACGAUCCAGAACUUGUGAUGGAAGCUCUCAAAUGCAAUGGUUAUGUGUUGGAGUAUAGUGAUGAAUUAUAUCAAGCAAGAAUGAAAUAUUGUUAUCAUGAUGCUUAUUUGGGCAUGACAACAAUGACUGAUCAUUGA